GUUCCUCUUACCGACAUCAGACUCUCCUCAUCACUCCCUCCUCUCUCCUCCUCCAUCAACUAACAAUGGCCUCACCCCAACCUAACCAACCAGGCGGAUAUCUCAGAGAGUACAAGCUCGUCGUCGUCGGCGGUGGUGCCGUCGGAAAGUCAGCUCUCACCAUCCAGUUCAUCCAGAGCAGGUUCGUAGACGAGUGGGAUCCCACUAUCGAGGAUUCGUAUAGAAAACAAUGUCUGAUUGACGGAGAGGUCGCAUAUGUCGACGUGCUCGAUACAGCAGGGCAAGAAGAAUACCGGGCGAUGCGCGAAACCUACAUGCUUCCCGCUGAAGGCUUCCUCCUCGUCUACAGUAUCAACUCCCGUUCCUCGUUCGAGGAGAUCACAGAGUUCAUGGAGCAGAUCUUGAGGGUCAAGGAUGCGGAAAGCUUCCCCGUCGUGAUCGUUGCGAACAAGUGCGAUCUAGAGUAUGAGAGGCAGGUUGGGGCUCACGAGGGCCGUCAACUAGCACAACACUACGGCUGCAAGUUCAUCGAAACCUCCGCCAAGCAGCGGCUCAACGUUGACGACGCCUUCGCAACCCUUGUCCGCGAGAUCAGGAGGUACAACUCUGCUGGUCAGGCGGUGGCUGGGUUUACGGGCGGGGCAGGGCAGAGGCAGGCUAUGGGCGUCAGUCGUGGAGAUGAUGAGAAGCAUGGUGGUGGGUGUUGUGCUUGUGUGGUUAUGUAGAACUGCACCUACACACCCCUCACCUCACCGUUGGAACCCUUUCCCCCACCAUACACCUGCAACCGACCCACCUACUUCCUCCCCAUCUCCCUUGUCACCACCUACUAUCCUCCGAUCGACAUACCCACACCCCCAGCCCUGACACAACACCACACACCACACCCGACAGUCUAGUCCACGUUCAUGUCCAUCUUUCACAAAUUUACACGAUCACCCUUCUUUUCUCGUUUAUUUGCAAGCUUUGUAAGGUAUGUAUGUAGUCUUCCUAUCGUGCUCUCUCU